CGAAACGAAAUCUCGGGACUACAUGCUAUUUUUACAAAAUAUGAUGAUCAGAUCAGUAGUUAUUUUCCUCUCUUUCAUGCGAUCCCAUACCUUGCUCAUACGCCAGUUUUGGCUUGAGAUACAUUGCUGAGCGGAUUCUGAACGAGUGCCUCCCAUUUGAGAUUUUGUGCUGCUGCUGUCUUUCGCCAAGCUUUUCUCUUGGAUUCUUUCUGCUGCUCUUUCCUUUAUGGCCUCAGCCGAAGAUGAUACAGUAAAGGCAUUAAUUAUGGGAGAGGAAGAAACCUUAGGAGGAGAGUCGGGAAUCUCUCUUGCAGCUCCUGUCAUCUUUCUCAUCGUUGUAUUUUUCCAGUUUGGCUCCAGAUGGCUUGAGCACUUAAAGAAGAGUGCAUCUAAGGAUGGUACAGAAGUUCAGUUACGUGCAGAAAUAAAGCAGCUCUUGAAAGAGGCGAGCUCCUUUUCACAACCAUCAUCAUUUGCUCAAGCUGCAAAACUUAGGAGGUUAGCUGCUGCAAAGGAGAAGGAACUUGCAAAUCGUGAAGAAAUGCUCAAGAAGGAGAUCAAGCUGUCUUAUGAUUUGUACCUCAAAGUAAUAUUCAUCUUAAAGAUUGCAACAUACUUUAUGUUGAUUUGCUGGUAUUGGAGGACUCCUGUUGCUGCAAUAUCUCAGCAUUUGGUGCAGCCGUUCGGUAGGUUGCUGUCUUGGGGUGCUGGGGGUCCUUCAAACGACAAUGUAUUGGUUGGCGUUAUACCAUGGCUGAUAUUAUCUACCAGGGUUAGCAAAUUUGUCAGUCGUGUUUUCCUAUAGAUCAUGAAUGCUAUUCAUAUCUUCAUCUGAAGAAGGGGAGAAAAAAAAUUUUGGUGGUAAUAACUGGAAAAUCAGCCUCUUAUGCCACUCUGUUCCGAUGAAAAACUUCAAGCAAGAGAAGGGUGAGAACUGAGAGGUGCAUUGAGUGUGGCAUUUUACUAUGCUGAAUUAGUCUUUUAAAUGUAACUUUUGUUCCUUGUAGCUUCCCUUCUUUUUUCCCUUUUUCCUUUCUGGUUUUGGGUAUGAACUCCACAUAUUUUUCCCUUUUGAGUGUGCAGCUAAUUUAAAUUCGACUUUUACCUGAGAAUAAAUUCGUUAUCAUUAAAUUAAAUAUUUAUUUUACAUUCA